UACUUUUCGUCGUUCUUCACAUGUUUGAGAAAUUCGGGAAAAAAUUGAUUAUUCACGUUCAACAAGUUUUUACUGUUCGCGUAAGCUAAACAUAGUUGUAAAUUUAAAACCGAGUAGUUUUCAAUCAUUGAAAUAAAUAAUUAUUUCUCAUCCAAUGAUCUUUUCUAACCAAUCAAAUAUUUAGAAACCGUUAGAAAUUUCCGUUGUAUACGCUUUUUAAACGACCUAGGGCACAUUUGUCAUUUUACGUGCGGAAACCACUCCCGUGGUUGUGAGCGGCAUUUUUGCAAAAAUUGUGACUGAUAAUUAUUAAAUAAAGAAGUCCAGGAUGGCUGUAAACGUUUAUGCGACGAAUGUGACGACGGAGAAUCUCAGUCGACAUGAUAUGCUAGCAUGGGUCAAUGAUUGCCUUCAGUCAUCAUUUACCAAAAUCGAGGAACUCUGUACCGGCGCAGCGUAUUGCCAAUUUAUGGACAUGCUUUUCCCUGGAAGCGUUCCACUCAAACGAGUUAAAUACAGAACCAAUUUAGAACACGAAUACAUACAGAAUUUUAAAAUACUCCAAGGUGGCUUUAAAAAGAUGAAUGUAGAUAAGAUUGUAGCGAUCGAUAAGCUGGUGAAAGGGCGAUUCCAAGACAACUUUGAGUUUUUGCAGUGGUUUAAGAAGUUUUUUGACGCAAAUAAUGCGGGAUCAGAAUCCUAUGAUGCACUUGCAAUGAGAGGAGGAGAAGCCAUGGGUAGCGGUGGUCAUAAUGCACCACGUGGUUCUGGAAUGGUGAAACGAACUCCUCGUGAAAUAACAGCCAAACCUGCCUCUCGAACUGGUGAGGGACCACCGUCUCCAAUACAUAUGCCUACCAUGAAGUCCGUAGGCCGAUCUUUGAAUAAAGUACCAACAAGUCGUCCUGUACCAAAGACUGGAACGGUUGGAAAUCGCGGAGAUACGGGGAAAGUUGAUGAACUUAGUUCACAGGUAAUGGAAUUGAAAAUGACCGUGGAUGGUCUGGAAAAGGAGAGAGACUUUUACUUUGGAAAGCUGAGAGAAAUCGAACUUAUGUGCCAAGAACCAGAAAGUGAAGAACCAUCUCCAAUUGUGCGAAAAAUUCUCGACGUUCUUUAUGCAACUGAGGAGGAUGGAAUUGGACAGGAGAGCGAAGAUCAGACGUUUUAAAUACUACUCAAUUGUCUUUUUUCUUUUUAUGUAAAAAAAACUAAAGGAUGGUUUUGCACCACCCGAAGAGCUAGAGGGUCACGGACACGAUGAUGAGGAGGAAUAUUAAUUAUAGUGUUUAAAAAAUUCAAAUUUUCAUAAAACAGAAAUUAAUUAAGACAAGAAUGUUUAAAACACUAUGCCUUUGCGCUAGUAUCAGUACACCUUGCAUUAUUAGUCCGCUAUUUUACAUAGCUCACUAAAGCGUUUUGUGCGUAUUUUUUUUUCUCUUUCUCCAUUAUUUGUUACAAAGUUUAUCGAAUUUUUUCUUGAAUCUCCACUAAAAAUUUUUUAUAUUUGAUUAUUCAGAAAAGAAAGAAAAAAAACGCCAUUUACGCAUUAUUAUUAUUAUUAAAAGGAAAUUCGACGAAAAAUAAUUAAUUAUUUCUUCUUCUUCUUUUUUUGUCAACUUCUUUAAUCCAAAGCACUCGGAAAAAAGUUAUAUUUUGAUUAAUAUUUUCUUUGUUUAAUUGCAAUUUGAUGACUUUAAUAUUUAAGGACGAUAAAUAAUGAAUGCAAAUGUAGUGGAAUGUUUUCUAAAUUCUUAUUGUGUUUAAAUGUGCGAGUGUUUAACUUUUUUAAUAAUACAUUUGUAUCGAUAUUAUAUCAUCUUGUAAAAUAAAAGUUUUUAGUUUUGGUUCUAAAUAUUAUGAUUUUGCUGAACGAAUCAAAGCGUGUGACUGAUUUUUUGCAAACAAUUUUUUUGUUGGCGAUAUUUUUUUCUUAUUCAUUCACAUUUUUUUUAAUUCUCUUUUUAAUAGUGAGAAAUUUUUUAUUAUAUGAAAAAAAAAUUACACACUGUAUGUAAAUUAUAUAUAUUUCUUUUUUUCGAUUCUACGUGAAGCUGUUACUCUCUAAUAGCCGUGUUGACUAAUUGUAAAUCUACAAUGAUAGCUUGACUAUUUCAUUUUCACUUUUGGGCCAUUCCAUUCAUUUUUCUUAUUCACUAGAAGAAAAUUGUUGUAAAUUUCUAAUUUGAAUUUAAAUAAAUCUAUAGAUGAAAACUUUAAAUAUUCAUAUUCCUAAACAAAAACCAAGACUUUGAAAAUAAUUUUUUAAUUCACUAAAGGCCUACUUAAAUGAAAAAACAGAAAAUAAUGGAAUGAUCCUUAAGGGUAUCGAAAUCAGUUUUCUCCUCCAUAAACUAGAAUUCAAAAAAGGAUAAAAGUAGGAUCACGAGUGCUCUGAAUUUUGACCCUUGAGAAGGCGAGAUUGUCAUGGAGAAUUUUUCAAAAAUCUCACGAGAUAGAAAUGUUGAUAACUUACAACAAUAAUAAUGUAUAAUUAUUUUAAUAUUAGUAUCUUGAAUGGAUGCAUAUCACAUUAGGAUGGUUUAAAAUUUUCCGAAAUUUAGAAAAUAAAAAUCCCCCACUUUUGUGAGGGAAAUUCUUUUUAAUUAAACACAAACAAAAAUUUCCCACAGACUGAAAAAAUAGUAGUUUACUUUGAAAUUUCGAAAAUU